AUGAGGACAUGCUUGUGGGUUUUUGUUGUGGUUCUUGUUUUCGGUCUUGGUGAUGGAAAAAGGGCUGAACAAAGGGUACGCACAGAGAGGAUUUCAGGAAGUGCUGGGGAUGUAUUGGAAGAUGAUCCAGUGGGAAGGUUGAAAGUCUAUGUUUAUGAGCUUCCUAGUAAAUACAACAAGAAAUUACUGCAGAAGGACCCCAGAUGUCUCACCCAUAUGUUUGCUGCUGAAAUUUUCAUGCAUAGAUUUCUCUUAUCCAGCCCAGUUCGAACCCUUAAUCCAGAUGAAGCAGAUUGGUUUUAUACCCCUAUAUAUCCCACUUGUGACCUCACACCUAUGGGCUUGCCAUUGCCCUUCAAAUCUCCUAGGAUGAUGAGAAGUGCGAUACAGCUUAUCUCCUCCAAUUGGCCUUACUGGAAUCGUACGGAAGGGGCUGAUCACUUCUUUGUUGUGCCCCAUGACUUUGGAGCCUGCUUCCACUAUCAGGAAGAGAAAGCCGUUGAGCGGGGCAUUCUUCCGCUACUCCAGCGUGCUACUUUGGUUCAAACUUUUGGGCAACGAAACCAUGCCCGCCAGAUUCCCCUUGACAAUCCACGGUCCAUUUUUGUCUACUUCCGCGGAUUGUUUUAUGAUGUAAAUAACGAUCCAGAAGGUGGUUAUUAUGCAAGAGGAGCAAGGGCUGCAGUUUGGGAGAACUUCAAGAACAAUCCACUCUUUGACAUCUCCACUGAUCAUCCAAAAACAUAUUAUGAAGACAUGCAACGAGCUAUAUUUUGCUUGUGCCCACUCGGUUGGGCCCCAUGGAGUCCUAGACUAGUUGAAGCAGUGGUAUUUGGAUGCAUUCCUGUCAUCAUAGCAGAUGAUAUUGUUCUACCAUUUGCCGAUGCUAUACCAUGGGAGGAAAUUGGGGUGUUUGUAGCUGAGGAAGAUGUCCCUAACCUAGACACAAUCCUUACAUCUAUACCACCAGAAGUGAUUUUAAGGAAACAAAGACUUCUUGCAAAUCCUUCCAUGAAACGUGCAAUGUUAUUCCCACAACCUGCUCAACCAGGUGAUGCUUUCCACCAAAUACUAAAUGGGCUUGCUCGUAAGUUGCCGCACGACAGGACUGUUUAUUUGAAGCCUGGUCAAAAUAUUUUGAAUUGGACUGCGGGACCAGUUGGGGACCUGAAACCUUGGUAA